UUAAACGGGGCCGAGGCAAUGCAAUUCUCCUUCUUUCCAUCCUUGCAAUGCAUUGCCUAGUAAUUCCAAAAUUUGAAGCAAAAAGAAGAAAAAAGAGCAAACUAAAUCUCAAAGGAGGAUUAUUUCUCUAUCAUGGUUGUCAGCUAGGCUAAAGAGAAUUUUCAAAAUGAUGAUAUUAUCCUUCUCGAGUGGGAUGGAAUAGGCAUCAUAGGGGGAGUCGCCGUCAGCUUCAAGUUUGACCCCUUGUUCAACAUUUGCUUCCAAAGCAGCUGUUCCCCGUAUUCAGGCAAUUUGAAGGUCAGGGUCGUACAUUGGCCCACAACGGGUCGUCGGAGUGGGCCCUAAGGCGACAUGGGGACCAAGAUGAAGGGCCUUUUGAAGGGCCUCCGUUACAUAUCGCAGAUUUUCGACGCAGAUGCCAAAGAGGAAGAGAUGCAGAUUGGAUACCCCACGGACGUGAAGCACGUGGCCCAUAUCGGGUGGGACGGCCCUUCCGUAAAUGGCCCCAGCUGGAUGAACGAGUUCCAAUUGCCGUCUGACCCCCACGGUGAGCACGAGGCCGGCGCCCAACCUAAACGUCCCUCCUCAGAGUUCGGCGGAGCACAGGACUCUGCGGCGAGGGACCUGCCGGAGUUGCCGGCGCCACGACCGUCGCGGCGCAACGCCUCGGCCGGGGGAGCCAGCGUCGACUCGCCACACAACGAGCCGCGGCAUUCGCGGCGCCAUCAGUCGUCCAGCGCCGCCGUCGACUCCCCUGUGGGCGAGUCCUCAGAGGGGUGCCGUCACAGCCGCAGGCACCGGAGCAGCGCCGGGCUUAGGCAGGAGAGCACCACCGGGAGCAGCGGCGGAUCGGAGUCGCAGGAGGGCGGGGCGGCGGUGCCGAAGCGGGACCGCCCCCGCCGGAAGACCAAGGGGUCCUCUUCCAGCAGCGGCUCGGUCAGGUCGACUUCCCGAUCGAAGGCCGUCGCGUCGGAAUCGGAGGGCGUGGUCGAGAGCCAGCUCUCGUAUUCCGCCCCGUCCUUGAAGACCAUGAGAGAGGAGGAAGGGUUCUGAUGCGAUCCCCAGCGCAAGAAAGAGAGAAGAGAGGAGAGCUGUCCACUGUCAUGACUUUCCAUACUUCCAUCACGAUCGGUACAAAGAGAUCCCAUGUACUGCCUGAUUUCCAGUGACCCCGGAGUCCAGAUUCAUGAAGGCUCGCCGUUCCAAUGGUAGUCCCGAAAGGAUCGUUCUUAUGAGUUUGAUCCUCUAAUGUAACAUUUUCUUGAAUCAAUAAAUGAUAUAUAAAAAGAAAUACAUCGGAAAGAUGCCAAGGAA